CGUCGUGUAAUGAACAGAAGCUCUGCGAGCAACUGCAUUCCAGCGGCGAAUCGACGGCAGAUUUGAGUGCGCAAAAAGAUAAAAUAAUAAUAAUAAGAAUAUUAAUAAUUAUAAAAACAAUGCACAAGUAAAUUUCAGCAUACGUGUAUUUCCACACACACGCAUACACAUGUAAAGACUAAGAUUGUGUAUUUGUGUGAAUUUCCCAGUUUUGGUGGCAUCAAAUUAUAACCAAAAUAACAGUGACAUAGUAAAAGAAUUAUCAAAUUUUCGCAGCAAUAAAAACGCAUCAAUUUUAAAUCUUUAAAUAAAGAAUUACAAAAAAAACUUAAGCAGUGACAUGUAGAACGGCAGAGAGAACGAGAGAGAAAACCUUCAGUUCUGAACGCACAAAAGCUCAAGUUCAAACAAUAGAGCCGCUGCCACGGGGAGGCGCCACAAAAGUGCAACAGCUGCACAAAAACUGGAAACGAAACGAACUGAAACAAAAGCCCAAAAGUCAAAGUAAACCCAGACAGACAGCGAGGUACAGAGGGCGAGCCAGUGCAAAACAGGGAGAGAGCUGCAGAGAGAGAGAGAGAGAGAAAGAGUGGCGGAGCGUGAGAGAGACAGAGAGGGGCAGUGUUGGAAGAAUGUGUAGUGCAGAGUCCACACGGCAGCUUCAAGUGGCAACAACAACAACGGCAGCAGCAACAAACACAACCGGAUAAUAAGCAUAAGAGGCAACAACAGCAGCAGCAACACCAACAAAAGCUGCAACGAGUGCGUCAAGUAUUUGCGGUAGGUUGCAGCGGGGGAAGCGCUGGCGGAGCGCAGGCCUGUGCCAGCAAACAGCACCAUAAAAUCCAAAGCCCAAAACUUAAUCCUCAAACCUAAUCCGAAAACCAAACGGAAACAGCAGCAACAGCAACUGCAGCCAGACCGACGUCAAGCGGUGGCAAGUGGCAAGUGGCAACGAGGUGACGUCACAGGCCGCUAACUAGGACACUCGCGAAUCUCGUUAGCCGCGCUCGCAUCCUUUGCAUCCUUCCCAUCCGCUUCCGCAUCGACAUCCGCGACAUGGUCUCUCGGCUGCGUCUCCACUCGCUGGCCGCCGCGCUCUUCGUGCUGUCGCUGCAACUGUCCAGUGUCUGCGGCAUCAUCGAUCGUUUGGUGGUGCAGACCAGCUCCGGACCGGUGCGUGGCCGUUCGGUGACGGUGCAGGGACGUGAGGUGCAUGUCUAUACGGGCAUACCCUAUGCCAAGCCGCCAAUCGAUGAUUUACGCUUUCGCAAACCGGUGCCGGCCGAGCCCUGGCACGGCGUUUUGGAUGCCACACGCCUCUCGGCCACCUGCGUGCAGGAGCGCUAUGAAUACUUUCCGGGCUUCUCCGGUGAGGAAAUCUGGAAUCCCAAUACCAAUGUAUCCGAGGACUGUCUGUAUAUAAAUGUUUGGGCGCCGGCGAAGGCGCGUCUGCGUCAUGGACGCGGUGCCAAUGGAGCCGAGCACUCUGGCAACAAGCAGGCCGACACUGAGCAUCUCAUACACAAUGGCAAUCCGCAGAACACGACCAACGGGCUGCCCAUCCUCAUAUGGAUCUAUGGUGGGGGCUUCAUGACCGGCUCGGCCACCCUGGAUAUUUACAAUGCGGACAUUAUGUCUGCCGUGGGCAAUGUGAUCGUUGCCUCGUUUCAAUAUCGAGUGGGCGCAUUUGGUUUUCUGCAUUUGGCGCCAGAGAUGCCGGCAGAGUUUGCGGAGGAGGCGCCCGGCAAUGUGGGCCUGUGGGAUCAGGCCUUGGCCAUACGCUGGAUAAAGGAUAAUGCGCAUGCCUUUGGCGGGAAUCCCGAGUGGAUGACAUUGUUUGGCGAGUCCGCAGGCUCGAGUUCGGUGAAUGCACAGCUCAUGUCGCCGGUCACCAAAGGCGUGGUCAAGCGCGGCAUGAUGCAGUCGGGCACCAUGAAUGCGCCCUGGAGUCACAUGACAUCCGCCAAAGCGCUGGAGAUUGGUAAAUCUCUGAUCAAUGACUGCAACUGCAAUGCCUCCAUGCUGAAGACCAAUCCGGCUCAUGUGAUGACCUGCAUGCGCGCUGUGGACGCCAAGACCAUAUCGGUGCAGCAGUGGAACUCCUACUCGGGCAUACUCAGCUUCCCAUCGGCGCCAACCAUUGAUGGCGCCUUCUUGCCCGCAGAUCCCAUGACACUGAUGAAGACGGCGGAUCUAAAGGAUUAUGAUAUACUCAUGGGCAAUGUCAGAGAUGAGGGCACCUAUUUCUUGCUGUACGAUUUCAUCGAUUACUUUGAUAAGGAUGAUGCCACCGCGCUGCCACGUGACAAGUAUCUGGAGAUUAUGAAUAACAUAUUUGGCAAGGCAACUCAGGCGGAACGCGAGGCCAUCAUAUUUCAGUACACCAGCUGGGAGGGCAAUCCGGGCUACCAAAAUCAGCAGCAAAUUGGACGCGCUGUGGGGGAUCACUACUUCACCUGCCCCACCAAUGAGUAUGCACAGGCGCUGGCCGAGCGAGGCGCCUCCGUGCAUUACUAUUACUUUACACACCGCACCAGCACAUCGCUGUGGGGCGAGUGGAUGGGCGUGCUGCACGGCGAUGAGAUUGAGUAUUUCUUUGGGCAGCCGCUGAACACAUCUCUGCAAUAUCGACCUGUGGAGCGGGAGCUGGGCAAGCGUAUGCUCAAUUCGGUUAUUGAGUUUGCCAAGACGGGCAAUCCGGCACAAGAUGGCGAGGAAUGGCCCAACUUUUCCAAGGAGGAUCCUGUGUAUUAUAUUUUCAGCACAGACGACAAAAUUGAGAAACUGGCACGUGGCCCACUCGCCGCGCGCUGCUCCUUCUGGAACGAUUAUUUGCCUAAAGUCAGGAGUUGGGCAGGCUCGGACUGUGAUUCGGGCAGUGCUUCCAUAUCGCCCCGAAUGCAGCUGCUGGGACUCGGACUGGUGCUCUACAUUUGUGCCGUGCUGCGGACUAUAGGAGUUUUCUAAAAGAAUUUUUGGCAGUGUAAUCACAGCACAUCGAUAAGUCCACAGCAUCCACACACACAGACACACGCACACCCAGAACUCCCAAACAACCAAACACCCUUUAAGCAAAGCAAACACAAAACUUAUAUUAUAAUAUUUAGAAAGUGAAAUUGUCAUACAAGUAUGUAAAGAGAUAGGAAAGUGAAAAGGAAAUAGAAAGAGAGAGAGAGAGAGAGAGAGAGAGAAGAAGAAAAUUGGAGUUUUAAAAUUUGAGCCAUGAUUUUGUAUACUUGGCCACCCACACAGCUGAACAUUUGUAAAUGAAUUUAGUGUUGCAUGCAACUGCAACGUGCGGCAGCAAGUGAAAUUUGUUGUAGUUGUUAGUUUAAACCACUUGCCAGGAGCAAGCAGGACGAAACUUUUGCACGCGGCUUGCCCCACACAUAUCAAAACCAAGAGAGAGAGAGAGCGAGUGGGAGCGAGCGAUUGGCAGAGACUUUUGCCGAUCUCUCUCGCUUCCAUUCCGAAUCUCCAGCCGAUAACCAGAGAGUCCACAUAGAUAACCACACGCAAACACACACACCCGAAGACACUUUUGUAGCACGCCGCAAAUUGCUUUGUACGAAAAUGAAAAUUGGCAAAAGCCCAAUAAAAUAACUGAUUCUAACGAGAAUUCAAUCAAGCGAAAACAAAGAUUUUGAUAAAUUGAAUGUUUGUCAUAUGCCAGCCAGCAGGGCAUAAAACAACACAAAUUGCAAAUACAAAAAAACAAAAAAAAAAAAACCCACUCGCUCAGAGAACGCGUAUUUUGCCAGCUGGCAUGGGUCCAAGUCUGUGCCCAGGCCGUAAUCCCAAAACUUUUUGGAAUGUCGAGUAUGCUAUAGAGUUUUUUCGAUUUUAUGAUAGCUCCCACCCCUCACAAUGAAACUGGUUUCAGAUUUGUGUUGGGAAUGGUUCAAUAUUUGGCAUAUACAGUAUUUUUUCUCUCUCGGUAUUUUAUUGUUUUCACUUUGGGCACACCAAAAAUGUUCUUAUGACAACAAAAAUUUGAAAAAAAAAACAGCAACAAAAAUGAAAAACAUAAGUAAAUUUGUAUUAUUAAAACGAUGUGAGAGUUUUAACGAGAAUUGCAAAUUUUUUGUAAUAAGCAGCCCAAAUCGGUCAAAAAAAUGAAUAUAAAUUGAAAUAAAGUUUGUAGGAAACCUAUUGAAACAUUAAAUGGCAAAACAUAUCAGUAUAUAUUAUAUAAACAAAUAUAUAUACAAUAAAUGUAAUACAUCUAUAUAUAUAUAGUAUACAUAUAUGUAUGUACAUGUAUUAUUGCAUUUGUACUAAACGUUUUACAAAUUGGCUUAGUGAGAACAACAACAAAAAAUCAAGUAAAUGGAUAUAAUUAAAAGUUUUAUACACUUAGCUAAAUUCGAACCAGAAAUAAAACUUAAUUUAAAUAAAAAUUAAAUACAAAUGUGCUGUAUGUUGAAGUUUGGUAUGCCUAUAUCUAUAAAUAAAAAUAUUUCAAAUAAAUAUAAACGAAAGAAAUUAAUUAUAAUAAUCAAAGUAAUUGUCAAAGCAGCGUAAGCAAAUAUAAUACAUAUGCAUACUUACAUAGCUCAGUGUACGUACGUAUGGGAUCUUAUUGAGUGCAAUUAGAAUGAAUCAUAAGUCUUAAGGGCAUAUCAGUACUCGUAUUAACAACUAUUGAGAGCGGACAUUUUUCGAAAUUAACUAACCUAAGCCACACUGAUAUAAACUAAGUUAUUUUUAUUAUUAAAAAAAAAAACUAUUAUGAAAUAUACAGACACAAAACAUACACAGCAUGCAGCUAAAAUAAAAAGUAUUGGACUUAUAAAGAA